AUGGCCUCCAACCCCAACGAUGUCUGGCAGAAUCCCUUGGGAUCGCGAUAUGCCUCCCAAGCAAUGCUAAAACUUUUCUCCCCACGCACAAGGGCGUCCACCUGGCGCCAACUAUGGAUCUGGCUUGCAGAGGCCGAGCAGGAGCUGGGACUUGCAAUAUCGGAUGAAGCGAUCACCCAGAUGAAGGCCGCCCAGGUAUUUUCCGACGAAGACUUUCCGAUUGCGGCGGAAGAGGAGAAGCGGCGAAGACACGAUGUCAUGGCGCAUGUGUAUGCUUAUGGUCUGAGGGCGCCGGCCGCUGAGAAGAUCAUCCACUGGGGUGCCACGAGUUGCUAUGUUACCGACAAUGCUGAUUUGAUCUUCCUACGAGACGGGCUGAACAUUCUGUUACCAAAACUCGCCAAGUGCAUCAAAAAGCUCUCAGACUUUUCGCUCGAGCAUCGGUCGCUCGCUUGCCUGGGCUAUACGCAUGGUCAGCCAGCACAACCUAUCACUGUCGGACGAAGAGCUGCUCAGUGGGUCGAGAGCUUGUUGAUGGACCUCCGCAAUCUCGAACGCGCCCGAGACGACCUAGUCUUCCGAGGUGUCAAAGGCACAACCGGGUCUCAGGCUUCGUUCCUGCAGAUCUUCAAGGAUGACCACGACAAAGUCAAGAAGCUCGAUGACCUCGUCACAGCCAAGGCAGGCUUCAAAAACCACUCGAUCAUCAGCAUCCAGACUUAUAACCGCAAAACUGAUGUCGACGUCUCUAACGCCCUCACCUCGUUUGGCACGACAUGCGAACACAUCGCCACCACAAUCCGCCUCUUAGCCACAUUCAAGGAGCUCGAGGAGCCAUUUGAGAAAGACCAGAUUGGCUCGUCAGCCAUGGCAUACAAGCGCAAUCCAAUGCGGUCAGAGCGUAUCUGCUCCCUCGCCCGCAAGCUGCAGACACUGAACCAAGGAUUUGCGCAGACAUACGCCCAUCAAUGGUUCGAGCGAUCCUUAGACGACUCGGCCAUUCGGCGCAUCGACAUUCCGGAAAUGUUCCUUCUGGCAGACGCCUCUGCAUCCUCCUCGAUAACGUCUCCUCCGGCUUGGUAG